AUGGCGAACCCACCAGUCAACUACGGCGUAGUCCUCUACCCCGGCUUCCACGCCCUCGACGUCUUCGGCCCGCUCGACAUCCUAAAUCUGCUCGCGCUACAGCGUCCUCUGAAUCUGUAUCUGCUCUCGUCUUCGCUCGAGCCCGUUAGCACCAAGCCACCUGCCACGAUGAAGCCGUCCAGCACCGGUCCCAAUUCCGACUUCGGCGAGGCCAUCGUGCCAAGCCACACCUUCUCUGCCCCGCCGCCCGAGCUGGACGUCCUGCUUGUGCCCGGCGGGCUGGGGACCAGGGAUGAGGCCAACACCGCGCCGGCGAUGGACUUCAUCAAGGAGGUGUUUCCGAGGCUGAAGUACCUCAUCACUGUGUGCACUGGGUCCGCUUUGGUAGCCAGGACGGGCCUCUUGGAUGGGAAGCGCGCUACUACCAACAAACGGGCAUGGGGCUGGGCAACAUCGCAAGGCCCGGCGGUCAACUGGGUCCCGAAAGCGCGCUGGGUCGUUGAUGGGAAUGUGUGGACUAGCUCGGGCAUCUCCGCUGGCAUUGAUGCUGCCUAUGCGUUCGUUGCGGAUAUGUAUGGCGAGGAUGUUGCGAGGGGGAUUGCGGACGCGAGUGAGUAUACAAGAUGUAUGGAUCCGGAGGCUGAUCCGUUUGCGGAGCGGUGGGGGGUUGUGUAG